UUUCAAGUGGUGUUAAGCCCAUAAAUAAAUAAAAAAAAUAAAAAUAAAACCCCUAGUCAUGGCAAAUCAACAAGAAGAUAAAGAAGAAGAAAAACCCAACAAAUGGGCUACAAAAUCUUGGAAAUACAUAUCAUCACUAAGGCAAGAAUCACCACUAAUCCAAUGCAUAACAAAUUAUGUAUCAAUGGAUAUAAUGGCAAACACUCUUUUAGCAGCAGGUGCAUCACCAGCAAUGGUCCACUCAAUUCUUGAAAUCCCUGAUUUCACACCACACACACAAUCACUACUUAUAAACAUUGGCACACUCACUCCUGAUUGGCUGCCAGCCAUGAAAGCUGCAGCUGGUGUGGCUAACAAAAUGGGUAAGCCAUGGGUUCUUGACCCAGCUGCUGUUGGUGCUUCAAGUUUUAGACUUGAUGCUUGUCUUGAAUUGAUUCAACUUAAACCUUGUGUUAUUAGAGGAAAUGGGUCUGAGAUUAUUUGUCUUGAUUUGGCUUCUAUUGGUUCUACAAAGGGUGCCGAUAGUUUGCAUGAAUCCAGUGAUGCUAUAGAAGCAGCAAAGUCUCUAGCUAAAUCUAGCGGCAGUAUUGUGGCGAUUUCAGGGUCCGUUGACUAUGUUACAGAUGGUGAACGAGUUGUCGGUGCACAUAAUGGUGUGCCAAUGAUGCAAAAGAUAACUGCAAGUGGAUGUGCAGUCACUGCACUCAUUGCUGCUUUUGUUGCAAUCGAUCCUACAAACGUUUUUGAAGCCACAACAUCUGCAUUAUCUGUAUUUGGUUUGGCUGGCGAAAUUGGCAUGGCUAUGGCGAAAGGACCCGCAUCACUAAGGAUGCAUCUGAUUGACUCACUCCAUGGGCUUGAUCAAGAUACUGUUCUUCAUCGUGUCAACAUUCAAAGCUUCCCAUGAGCAUGGUAACUUGGUAAUUUGAAGCCUUCCUGCUCUUGAUUUUCUCGAUUGCUUUCUUUAACUUGUAUGAUUAUGGUUCGUUUGUCAAUAGGAAAUAUCGAUUUGUUCAUAUAUGCCAAUAAGAUAUGUAGGGGUUAUUAACCUACGUUUUGAAAGUGAUUAUGCGAUUUUGGAUUCAGAUAAAUAAAUGGGUUGUAACAUA